GAAGCUGCAGAGCGGUGAUGCUCUGACUCCACUCUGCCCCCCCCCACCCGGUGGCUCUCCCCCCCUCCUCUCAGCCAACCAGCCAGCAGCGGCUGAAACUUCACCCCCAACGUACAAAGCCAGCUCGCAAAGAGCAGGGGAGGGAGGGGGGUCCACAGACUUUUCGGGGCGCAGAAAAGAGCUCACUCGCACCCCUACACUUUUCGUGUCUUUCCCCCCCCGCCCCCCACCCGCUCUUUUCGGAGGAGAUUGUGGUUAUCCCUGAAGUCCCUCAUCCCGGGAGAGCCGCGCCGAACAAGACAAAUUGUACUCGUCGCCGAGUCGGGAACGCUGAAGGACAGGCGCCUCCGGCACCGGGUUGCCAGGUAAAGAACCUGAGCAUUGAAGAAUCUUGAUCUACCCAUCACUUGAAUUUUCCUUGUGAUUAGAAAGAACUGUUGAUGCCAUUCAUAUAAGGAACGUGAAUUUUGAGAAAAAGAAAAAGAAAUCUUGAUCCACAUCAUAAACAUUCCCCUGGGACUAAAAUGGCGAAAGAAAGUCAACACCAGGCACUAGCAGCACUACCAGGUACCACUGUUGCAACUGCAAUAGCAAAUAAUGCCACAGAGCCAGUGAUUCCUGGAGGAGGAAAGGGGGGUGCAAAAGAAGAUUCAUUUUCAAAUUUAAAGGAGAAGUUUAUGAAUGAACUAACCAAAAUUCCGUUGCCACCUUGGGCCUUAAUAGCCAUAGCCAUAGUUGCCAUCCUAUUAGUCCUUACCUGCUGUUUCUGUCUAUGUAAGAAAUGCUUGUUCAAAAAGAAAAACAAGAAGAAGGGCAAGGAGAAGGGAGGAAAGAAUGCAAUUAACAUGAAAGAUGUAAAAGAUUUAGGCAAGAACUUGAAAGAUCAGGCCCUUAAGGAUGAUGAUGCUGAAACUGGACUGACUGAUGGGGAAGACAAAGAAGAAGCCAAAGAAGAGGAGAAAUUAGGGAAAAUCCAGUAUUCUUUGGAUUAUGACUUUCAGAACAAUCAGCUUCUGGUAGGGAUACUUCAAGCUGCUGAGCUCCCUGCUUUAGAUAUGGGUGGAACAUCUGAUCCGUAUGUGAAAGUUUUCCUGCUUCCUGAUAAGAAAAAGAAAUAUGAAACAAAGGUUCACAGGAAGACCCUUAACCCUGUCUUCAAUGAACAAUUUACGUUCAAGGUGCCGUAUUCUGAACUGGGAGGAAAAACUUUAGUGAUGGCAGUAUAUGACUUUGAUCGCUUUUCUAAGCAUGAUAUAAUCGGAGAAUACAAAGUUGCCAUGAACACUGUAGAUUUUGGUCAUGUAACUGAAGAGUGGCGAGAUUUGCAGAGUGCUGAAAAAGAAGAGCAAGAGAAGCUAGGUGACAUCUGUUUCUCCCUCCGCUAUGUGCCUACUGCUGGCAAGCUGACUGUUGUCAUCUUAGAAGCAAAGAAUCUGAAGAAGAUGGACGUGGGAGGCUUAUCAGAUCCAUAUGUGAAAAUUCAUCUGAUGCAGAAUGGGAAACGGUUGAAGAAGAAGAAGACAACAAUUAAGAAGAACACUCUGAAUCCUUAUUACAAUGAAUCAUUCAGCUUUGAAGUACCAUUUGAGCAAAUCCAGAAAGUGCAAGUUGUUGUGACUGUUUUGGACUAUGACAAGAUUGGCAAGAACGAUGCCAUUGGCAAAGUCUUUGUGGGCUACAACAGCACUGGUGCGGAGCUGCGACAUUGGUCAGACAUGUUGGCCAACCCAAGGCGACCUAUUGCACAGUGGCAUACCUUACAGCCAGAGGAAGAAGUAGAUGCCAUGCUUGCAGUCAAGAAGUAGGAAGAAAGUGAAUGUGAAAAGAAGGCCUUUCUGCAUUUGCCCAUAUAGUGCUCUUUAGCCAGUAUCUGUAAAUACCUCAGUAAUAUGGGUCCUUUUAUUUCCAGCCAUGCAUCCCCAACACAGAUCAGUGGUACUUCUACUCUUGUUUUAAUUUGCACAACUUUAAUGUAGAAAAAGCCCUAUAAGGCACUCCAUCUCACCACUGCCCUCAGAUCUACUCUUCUUUUAAGCAAUAUGUGUAGAUAGAGCAUGACAGAAAUUAUUUAUUGUAUCACACAGUUGUACAUACCAGUAUCUAAAAAUUUAUUUCUAGUCUGUUUAUUUGUUUGUCGUACACGUUUCCUAAUCUGUGUAUAUCUAGAUGUUUUUAAUAAGAUGUUAUAUUUUAAAUUAUGUAAAUUGACUGAGAUAUAGGAGAGCUGAUAAUUAUAGUAUAGGGUAACUAUUGUAUCGUCUGCAUUCCAGCAAAAAUUCCAACUUGUAAGGCACUAGUAGUGUUACACUGACAUCUUAAAGGACAACUUAAAUCUGAGCUUUCAACUGAACCAUUACAAUGUCGAGAUACGCUCACACGGCGCUCCUUGAAGGGAUGAAUCCAGUGGUAGACUUUUCUUGUGGGCAGUUUUGCAUGAUCUGAGCAGCUCCAGAGCUGACCUCUAGGAAGCAUAGCAGAAGCCGAUAUAUCACUUUUUUUCCUCUUUCUCUCUCUGUAUAUAUAUGUGUGUGUAUAAACAAACUGAAACCAUGGCUUUACACUUAGAAAUGAAGGUACAGUCGCAUCAAGGGAGGGAGGUGGGAGCAUGAAAUAUUACACAUAGCAACGUAUACACUAUGUGUGGGAAAUCAUUUAGGGGUUAUGUAGCAGCUGCCGCCGCCGCCGCCGCCACCCUACUAUUACCCAUGGCAAACAUAUAUACUUGAAAACAAGUAGCUCUCCUUUAUCACCUUUAUACGAAUUUGCAUACUGUGAAUCCCAUUUGUGCUCUCACAUUCUCUAAUUCUAAUGAGUUUGCACAUUAGACUUUGUAACAAAAUAUUUUAUUAUACUAAGCCAGAUGAGAAGGAAUGCAGAAUAUUUUUUAAAGCAAAACAAAAAAAAAUCACAGCCGUGUGUGUUUAUUAUACAAAAGUAGUUUCAUGGUGACGAGACAGUAUUGUACAAUCCCAUCAAAAGAGGACAAAAAAUUAGCCAUAUUUCUGAAUGCACUUCAAAGCAAGCCAAAAGAUAACAGCUAGUGACCUUUUAUAUACUAUUUAUACUAAGAAGUUUUAAUUUGUCCUUUAAAAAAAGUGAAACAAAACAAAGAACAAGUUCUAGCAAACUGAAGCAACCUCUUAUGUACACUAGAUGCUCGUUUCAGGAGGAGUUUUUAAAUGUUUUCGAUGUUACUAUGUAGUAAAUGGCACUAUUAUGAAGCUAUUAGUCAUUCCAUAAGCGUCUUCAAAGACUGCUCUGUGUAUCACUGUGACUGCCGUGUGUGCUUAGAAACUGUAGUUCUCUCAGUGGAUAGCAAUCAAUUUAUUCUGUAGUGAUAUUGUAAAAAUACUGCCAUUCCCUUCUACUGCACUGCCGAAGGAUUGCAUAGCACAAAAAGUUCUCAUAGCUAUGGACCAAUUCAGAACUGAAGAGCUAUGCACAGGACAAGGCAUCAUAUAGAAUGGACUGACAACACAGCAUUUUGUCGACACUGUGCAAUAUUCCACAUCUCUCCCCAGGUUGAUGGUAGAGGGCUGUCCUUCAGACAAGACCGAUGGUCACUUUAGCUUAUAUUAUUUUGUGGUGUCACAUGUUGGCGUUAUUUUUGCAACUGGGGUCUCCUCCUCGGAGACCUCUUUCAUUAAUUUAUUUAAAUACUGGUUGGCAUAUUUAUUUAAAAGAUUGUAAAUAUAUUUUAAUAUGUUGAAACACAGGUUCUAUUUUCAGUAUCACCAUGCACCCAAAAAAUAACCAGGAAGGUGUCCCCCCUUCCCAUUAAAAAAAAAAAAAACUUUUUGUACAAAAUGUGGGAUUUCCCCAGAAAUAAUUUGAAAAUAUAGUUCCCUUUCAAAAAAAAAAAAAAAAGGCAU